CCAAUAGUGUGUCGCGAUUUGUGUAUCAACGCCUGGCGCAUGAAACGGCGAUUGUGAUUGGAUGGCAGGAAGUGGGCGGAAACUGCAGGGGUCAAAGGCCUAAAGGUCAACUGAAACAGCUGAUCAGUCUGGUCACCAGGGAAAGGCGCUGCACACGCACAUAAAGAAGGUACCUAUCGCUGUCAUGCCAGAGGAGAGAGUGCUAGUGACGGGGGGAGGGGGUUACCUGGGGCUGAGGCUGGCAAACAUGCUGCAGAGGGAUGGUGCAAACGUCACUCUCUUCGACCUACGAGAACCAAUCGAGAAAGCAGCAGCUGACAUAAAGUUCAUCAAGGGAGACAUCACCAACUAUGAAGAUGUUGAAGAUGCCUGUCGUGGGAUGGACUGUGUGUAUCACAUCGCUUCACAUGGGAUGUCAGGCAGAGAACAGCUCAACAGAAAGCUGAUUGAAGCUGUCAAUGUUGGAGGAACAAAGAAUGUCAUCAAAGCCUGUUGCAGACAGGGCGUACACAGACUGGUUUAUACCAGCACCUUUAACGUAGUGUUUGGUGGACAGAAGAUAGAGUUUGGGGAUGAGUCCCUACCUUACCUACCUCUGCACAAGCACCCAGACUACUACUCCAUGACAAAGUCCAUAGCAGAGAUGGAAAUUCUAAAGGCAAAUGGCACAGUGGUAGAAGGUGGAGGCACAUUACACACCUGUGCCCUACGACCUGCAGGUAUCUACGGACCAGGUGAACAGAGACACCUGCCCAGAAUUGUGUCCUACAUCGAGCAGGGACUGUUUGCAGUUGUUUAUGGAGAGCCAGACUCGCUUGUAGAGUUUGUGCAUGUGGACAACCUGGCCACGGCACACGUACUGGCAGGACGCGCUCUACAAGACGACAAACAGCACGUAGCAGCAGGACAAGCAUAUUUCAUCUCUGAUGGAAAACCUGUCAACAACUUUGAGUUCUUCAGACCGCUGGUUGAGGGCCUUGGUUAUACCUACCCCACAGUCAGGGUGCCGGUGUCACUUGUCUACUUCUUUGCAUUCCUAACCGAGAUGGUCCACUAUGUCGUGGGGAGGUUUUACAACUUCCAACCACUUCUUACCAGGACUGAGGUGUACAAAACAGGGGUGACCCACUACUUCAACUUAGGGAAGGCCAAGAGGGAGCUGGGGUACGAACCCGUGACCUACGACCUGUCAGAGGUCGUACAGUGGUUCAAGAUCAGAGGUCACGGCAGGGCCAAGGGUCAAAGUGCAAAGUCCAAGUGGACGCGACUUCUCGUGGAUGCAGCAUUAGUUGUAAUGGCCAUGUUGGUGGUGAUGUCGUUUUUGCCGAGUGCACUUUGAUCUUUUGCAAAGUUACUGUAGAGAUGAAUAACGCCCAAAUAAUUGCCAUUAAUAAAAAGGAGAUUUGUAAUUCCAACCGUGCAUGUGUAGCAAAAUAUGUUGUAGGUCAUAUGUCAAAGUAGAAUGCCCCUAAGACAUAGACAAAACAUGUUUACAAGUUGUGAACUGUUAACAAGUUAGGGGCAGUCACAUAUUACCCAGAAUACAUUUUGCUCCACAUGUGCAGUUUGAAUCAUGAAUCUCCUUUUGCAAUCCUUGUAUGCUAUCAAUAUAUUAGGUUUGAUUGAUUUAACCGUAAUUUUUGGGGGUCUUGCGGUGCACACAUUGUAUUUGACUUCUAAGUUCUAUGACAACAAUGAAUCCACUAGAAUUGGUUUUUGCUCAAUAAUUUAGUUUUUUGUCCACUGAAAUUAACUAUUCAAUAGUUUUGUUAACUUUUUGCCAUCAGCUUUCUUUCACAUUUGUUGUACCUCCAUUAAAGACUAUACUGAUUACUGAUAUAAAUCUAUAAAAAAAUGCAAUAUAUUAAGGACUAAAAACAUCCCUAAAAUACUGUCGUAAUGCCACAAAGGCACAAAUUUGUAAACAUUGAAAACCCUUUGAUGACUCAGGGACUCCAAAUCUGAAUAUACACCAUUUAUUGAGACAAUAAUGAUAAUAAUAAUGUGCAUGUACAGCCGUAAUAUAUGGUAAUAUCAUAGAAUUGUGUACAAUGAUCAUAUACCCUACCGUCAAGAGGACGAAACUCACAUUAAAGAAGAAAUUUGUCGGAAUCAACUAUUGUCUACCUACUCGCCACUUGUAUAGCUGAGAACUGGAGUAUAUUUUUGGCGAAGCCUCAAGGGCGUAGCCUUUUUAUCUGAUGUUCUGAACAAAUAUCUAUGGUACCGUGAUUAUGUAGAGGUGUGGCAAUACAAUACUGUAAAUGCAUGAAUAUAUGCACAAUUUGCAUUCUACAUUUA